AUGCAUAAUUAUGACAGCAUAGCCUGCAGCGUAAGGGAAGUUAAUGCCUUUACUUCCGCGAUACUUCUGGGCUUGAGUGUACCUCAAGCACUUGCAUACUGGGCUGCAGGCAUCAAAUGGCUCGUGCGCUCUCUUGCAGAGCUUGGGCCAGAGGACUCAGACUUAGAUCUCACGCAAUUGUCUGAUAGAUAUCGCAACAUUCAGGAGAAUGACUUGGUGAAAAGACUUGACACUGUAAAGUAUGAAAUCGACUCCAAAGAUUCCUUCAAACUUUUCGGAUCUGAUCGCAUCAAAAAUUUCUUACUGCCAGUGCUUUACCUCAUUACGAGGAGGCAUCUACAAAUCAUGAAACUUGCCAGGACAGUAAUUCUGGUGGAUAGAGAAUUUGAAUGUGCAACUCAAAUGAUAUCUAAUAUAUUGGAAGUGGUGGAUCUGCGUGUUGAACAACUGGCAGAAUCAUUUCGCCAGCAGGGAACAGAUGCAAAAGCAAGGUUCACGUGGUAUGCACACGGCUUGUACAACUUUUGGUACAGCCCAGAACGAACCGCAGACGACACUGAAUGUUGGGAAGCCCAUGAUUUUGAGCUUGACAACACUGAGCUGGAGAUUGAUAAGACAGCAUUGAAACUUGGUCCCUUCAGUCUGACAGAGGACCAGGAAUUGUUAGAAAGGCCUGUGAAGCUCGUCGCAUAUACCCUUAACCAGCAGCCUGAAGAUCCCAAGGACGAAUAUAUCCGUUUGUGGUGCUUGAAUAAGCUCCACAAUAAGAGAAAGUCGUUCCCUUUGGAAACCUCACCUUACCUAUCGCCCGAGCAACAACAAAGGUGUUGCUGCGACGCAUGCCACUCCCUUAUUACUGAUACUGCGAUGAUGAAUGCCAAUCUCUACCAAUUUCAAAACACAAAUAUCCAUCGGACCACAAGGCGACGCACAACUUGCUUGUUUUCCGCAUGGUGCUCCCUUAUAGUUGCUGCAGCCGAAUUCGGUGGCAUGCUAGGAAUUUCUUAUCUGGUAUUCUGCCCACCACAACACCACCGGAAGACGUAUGCCAAAUGCAAUCAGAUGGACCUGAACUUCCACAUCCGACAGAAGCCACUCGAGCAGAUGAUUCUUUCACAUCUGUCGAUUUGUGGGGAGAAAGCCAUUUCCCCAUUGCCCUAUGCGGUGAUUGUGCAUUUCACGAUGUGUUCAACGUGGCCACAGAUCACCACCCUUACAAACACUGGCUGGUCAAGAUUAAAAGACCGAGUUCAAGAUACAGGCAUCGAAACGUCAGUCGAACCUUUGGCUAACGUGGACGAGACUACUUCGCUUUCCUUACGAGUUGAUAAGCUGGCUGCGAUGGUAGAAUCUCGCUUCGUGGGACAAGAUCUCCGGCUUAGUGCACUUGUGAAACAGGUUGAACAGCUCGUGCAUAGCAUAGCUGCGUUGACGGGAAAAGCAGAGCUUCCUUCUGAAUCCGUUACUGUUUGAUUGGCUCAUAAUUUGACAGACUGUUGUAGUUGAUUCUCGCUGUC